AUGGGCCAGCCGUGGGCCGGCCUCUGCCUGCUCCUGGCCUCGCUGCAGCUUCUGCCCCGGACAAGGGCCGAUACUGUGGACGUGCUGAAGGCGCUGGGCGUGCGGGGGGGCCAGGCUGGGGUCCCUGAGGGGCCUGGCCUCUGCCCCCAGAGGGUCCCAGAAGGUGACCGGGCAUACAGGGUGGGCAAGGCCAGCACGCUAGGCGUCCCCACGUGGAGGCUCUUUCCAGAGGGACUCUUUCCUGAGAACUUCUCCGUGCUCAUCACUCUGCGGGGUCAGCCAGCCAAUCAGUCUGUCAUUUUAUCCAUUUAUGAUGAACUUGGUGCCCGGCAGCUGGGCCUGGCGCUGGGGCCAGCUCUGCACCUCCUAGGUGACCCAUUCAGUCCCCUCCCCCAGCAGGUCAACCUCACGGAUGGCAGGUGGCACCGUAUGGCAGUCAGUGUGGAUGGAGGCAUGGUGACCCUGGUGGCAGACUGUGAGCCUCAGCCCCCCACAUUGGGCCAUGGGCCUCGAUUCAUCAGUACAGCUGGACUCACUGUGCUGGGGACCCAGGACCUUGGGGAGGAGACUUUUGAGGGAGAUAUUCAGGAGCUGAUGAUAAGCCCAGACCCUCAGGCUGCCUUCCAGGCCUGCGACCAGUAUCUUCCUGGCUGUGACCACCUGAACCCUACAGCUGCAGGGGUCCCCCAGGCUGAGCCGGAAUCCCCGCCCCCUCGACGGAAGGGGAAAGGAAAAGGGAAGAAAAAAGGGCGAGGUCGUAAGGGGAAGGGCAGGAAGAAGAAGAACAAGGAGACUUUGACGGUGGCUCCAUCUCUUGGCUUUCUGGAGAACCAGACCUCCCUUGACACCCCCAAAACAGAGACACCAGCUCCGACUCUGCCUCCACUUCCCACAGCCUUGGUCAUCACCACUACUGUGACUAUUGAUCGCAAUGUCACCGUCCUAGAGGGGCUGGACCCAGGCAGUGGAACCGAACUGGGAACCCUGGAGACCGAGUUAGCCAUAGAGGAUGAGGAAGGAGGUGGCCCCAUCAUGGGCCCUGACUUCCGAGCAGCAGAACAGUCAUCGCGGGCUCAGUUCCAGAUCUUUCCUGGCGCUGGGGAGAAGGGAGCAAAAGGAGAACCCGCAGUGAUUGAACAGGGACAGCAGUUUGAGGGACCUCCAGGAGCCCCAGGAGCCCGAGGGGUGGUUGGCCCCUCAGGCCCUCCUGGACCCCCAGGAUUCCCGGGGGACCCUGGUCUACUGGGCCCUGCUGGCCUCCCGGGAAUCCCUGGCAUUGAUGGGAUCCGGGGCCUCCCAGGCACUGUCAUCAUGAUGCCGUUCCAGUUUGCAAGUGGCUCCUUCAAAGGACCCCCAGUCUCCUUCCAGCAGGCCCAGGCUCAGGCAGUGCUGCAACAGGCUCAGCUCUCUAUGAAAGGCCCCCCUGGCCCGGUGGGGCUCACUGGGCGCCCAGGCCCUGUGGGUCUUCCUGGAUAUCCAGGUCUGAAAGGAGAGAUGGGAGACAUGGGGCCACAGGGUCCCCGAGGCCUUCAGGGACCAGUCGGGCCCCCUGGCCGAGAGGGCAAGAUGGGCCGCUCUGGAGCAGAUGGGGCUCGGGGCCUCCCAGGGGACACGGGACCUAAGGGUGAUCGGGGCUUUGACGGGCUGCCAGGGCUGCCUGGUGAGAAGGGCCACAGGGGUGACUUUGGCCACGUGGGGCAGCCUGGUCCCCCGGGAGAAGAUGGUGCGAAGGGAGCAGAGGGACCUCCGGGACCCACUGGCCAGGCUGGGGAGCCGGGCCCCAGAGGACUGAUAGGCUCUAGAGGCUCCCCGGGCCCCCUGGGAUUCCCGGGUGUAGUUGGAAUUGAUGGUGCUCCAGGUGCCAAAGGAAAUGUGGGUCCUCCAGGAGAACCAGGCCCCCCAGGACAGCAGGGAAAUCCUGGGUCUCAGGGUCUCCCUGGCCCCCAGGGACCCAUUGGCAUUCCUGGGGAGAAGGGUCCCCCUGGAAACCCAGGAAUUCCAGGCCUCACAGGUUCUGAUGGCCCUCCGGGACACCCAGGCCAUGAGGGCCCCACAGGAGAGAAAGGGGCCCAGGGUCCACCAGGGUCGGCAGGCCCUCUGGGCUAUCCUGGACCUCGGGGUGUGAAGGGUACCUCUGGCAACCGGGGCCUUCAGGGGGAGAAAGGCGAGAAGGGAGAGGACGGCUUCCCGGGCUUCAAGGGUGACGGGGGGCUUGAAGGCGAUCGGGGCCAUCCCGGACCUCCAGGGGCCCGGGGAGAGGAUGGUCCUGAAGGGCUGAAAGGGCAGGAGGGGCUGGCUGGCGAGGAAGGGCCCCCAGGCUCAGCUGGAGAGAAGGGCAAGCUUGGGAUGCCAGGUCUCCCAGGUUACCCAGGACGUCCGGGCCCUAAGGGAUCUGUUGGCCUUCCUGGUCCCCAGGGACCACUAGGAGAGAAAGGGAAGCGGGGGAAGGCAGGGCAGCCAGGACUGGAAGGAGAGCGGGGACCACCAGGCUCCCGUGGAGAGAGGGGGCAACCAGGUGCCACAGGGCAACCAGGCCCCAAGGGCGAUGUGGGCCAAGAUGGGGCCCCUGGGAUCCCUGGAGAAAAGGGCCUCCCAGGCCUGCAAGGCCCCCCUGGAUUCUCUGGGCCAAAAGGUCCCCCUGGCCCCCAGGGGAAAGAUGGACGAUCUGGGCACCCAGGACAGAGAGGAGAAUUGGGAUUUCAAGGUCAGACAGGCCCACCUGGACCAGUUGGUGUCGUGGGUCCUCAGGGAAAGAUAGGAGAAGCAGGACCUCUCGGGGAGAGGGGGCCCCCUGGCCCCCCUGGACCUCCUGGUGAACAAGGUCUUCCAGGUCUGGAGGGCAGAGAGGGGGCCAAGGGGGACCUGGGGCCACUGGGACCCCUUGGCAAGGAAGGGCCACCUGGACCCAGGGGCUUCCCUGGCCCGCAAGGAGCCCCCGGGGACCCUGGACCUACUGGUUUGAAGGGUGACAAGGGACCCCCAGGCCCUGUCGGGGCCAACGGCUCCCCUGGGGAGCGCGGUCCUGUGGGCCCAGCAGGAGGCAUUGGGCUUCCUGGCCAAAGUGGAGGCCAAGGCCCUGUUGGCCCUGCAGGAGAGAAGGGGUCCCCGGGCGAACGUGGCGCCUCUGGCCCCACUGGCAAAGAUGGGAUUCCAGGACCCCUGGGGCUGCCAGGGCCCCCUGGGGCCGUUGGGCCUUCUGGCGAGGAAGGGGACAAGGGGGAAGUGGGGGCUCCUGGUCACAAGGGAAGCAAGGGUGAUAAGGGGGAUGCGGGCCCACCUGGACCAACAGGGAUACGCGGUCCCGUGGGACACCCAGGCUCCCCGGGAGCAGACGGGGCUCAGGGACGCCGAGGGCCCCCGGGCCUCUUUGGGCAGAAAGGAGAUGAUGGGGUGAGAGGCUUCAUGGGGGUGAUUGGCCCCCCUGGGCUGCAGGGACUUCCAGGCCCUCCUGGAGAAAAGGGAGAAGUUGGAGACGUGGGGUCCAUGGGUCCCCAUGGAGCUCCGGGUCCUCGGGGUCCCCAUGGGCCUAGCGGAUCAGAGGGCCUUCCGGGGCUGCCUGGAGGAGUCGGUCAGCCAGGUGCUGUCGGCGAGAAGGGUGAGCCAGGGGAGGCUGGAGACACAGGACCCCCAGGAACCCCAGGCAUCCCUGGGCCCAAGGGAGAAGUUGGUGAAAAGGGGGACACAGGCCCAUCUGGGGCUGCUGGGCCCCCAGGCAAGAAGGGCCCUCCUGGAGAAGAUGGAGCCAAAGGGAACGUGGGCCCCACAGGGCUCCCAGGAGAUCUAGGACCCCCUGGAGACCCUGGAGUUUCGGGUCUGGACGGUUACCCAGGGGGGAAAGGAGACCCUGGUGAUGUUGGGGGACCGGGUCCGCCUGGCGCUUCUGGGGAACCUGGCCCUCCUGGGCCUCCUGGCAAGAGGGGUCCUUCUGGACACAUGGGACAAGAAGGCAAAGAAGGGGAGAAAGGUGCCAAGGGGGAGCCAGGUCCUGAUGGGUCCCCAGGGAGGAAAGGCCCAGUGGGGGCUCAAGGCCCCCCUGGGCGUGUUGGGCCUGAGGGUCUUCGAGGGAUCCCCGGCCCGGUGGGUGAGCCAGGCCUCCUGGGAUCUCCUGGACAGAUGGGCCCUCCUGGCCCCUUGGGGCCCUCUGGCCUCCCGGGGCUCAAGGGAGACGCUGGCCUCAAGGGGGAAAAGGGCCACAUUGGAUUAAUUGGCCUCAUUGGCCCCCCUGGGGAAGCCGGUGAGAAGGGGGAUCGGGGGUUGCCAGGCGUACAGGGCCCUCCUGGCCCCAAGGGAGAACCCGGUCCCCCGGGUCCCAUUGGCUCUCUGGGCCACCCUGGACCCCCAGGUGUAGCAGGCCCUCUGGGAGAAAAAGGCUCAAAGGGGUCCCCAGGAUCCCUCGGGCCCCGUGGAGACACUGGCCCCCCAGGCCCACCAGGUCCCCCGGGACCCCGGGCGGAGCUGCCUUGGCUGCGCCGACGCCGGCGCUGGGUCCCGGGCCCGGGGGCGCUGGAGGCCCCGGAGGGCGGUCUGGAGGAGGUACUGGCCUCUCUCACGUCUCUGAGCUUCGAGCUGGAGCAGCUGCGGCGCCCUCCCGGCACCGCCCAGCGCCCGGGCCUCGUGUGCAGCGAGCUCCACCGCAACCACCCGCACCUGCCGGAUGGGGAAUACUGGAUUGACCCCAACCAGGGCUGCGCGCGGGACGCGCUCAAGGUUUUCUGCAAUUUUACGGCGGGAGGAGAGACGUGCCUCUACCCUGACAAGAAGUUUGAGACUGUGAAACUGGCCUCCUGGUCCAAGGAAAAGCCAGGAAGCUGGUAUAGCACAUUCCGUCGAGGGAAGAAGUUCUCCUACGUGGACGCUGAUGGGUCCCCCGUGAACGUGGUACAGCUGACCUUCCUGAAGUUGCUGAGUGCCACCGCUCACCAGAGCUUCACCUACUUCUGCCAGAACUCAGCCGCCUGGCUGGAUGAAGCUGCGGGCAACUACGGCCGCUCCCUUCGCUUCCUCGGGGCUGAUGGGGAGGAGCUGUCCUUCAACCAGACAGCAGCAGCCACCAUCACUGUCCCCUACGAUGGCUGCCGGCUCCGGAAGGGACAGACGAAGACCGUCUUGGAGUUCAGCUCUUCCCGAGUAGGGUUUCUGCCCCUCUGGGACGUGGCAGCCACUGACUUUGGCCAGAUGAACCAGAAGUUUGGGUUUGAACUGGGCCCUGUAUGCUUUAACAGCUGAGAGUCUCUGGGGUGGGAGGGACCAUGAGGGAGCCCCAGACGGGGCACAUUUGGUGCUGAGGCUUUGAAGCCACUGUAUUUAUCAUCUCGUGUGAUUGUGGAGCCAGGGGAGAGUCUGCUCAUCACGGUCAAACAAUAUUUCUUCUUCAGUCCAGGGACUGAGGGGUUGGACUCCGUUGGCCCAAGAGUCCAGCCUCCCCCCACCAAACCCCUGUGGGAAUAACUCAUCUGGCUCUUUCUCCCCUCCAUGCCCACUCAGCCCUCAACUCCCCCCCCCGACCCCCCAUGCGAUGAACUUCUAACUCAGAGCUGACGAAUGCCCCCCACGCCUGCCUUCCCCUCCUCAGUCAGUGCCCAACACCCUUUGGUGCUACCCUUCCCAAUAGUUAAGCACUGGACGUCUCCUGAUCCCAGGCUGGGACCCCUUCACUCAUUCCUAUUUCAAGUGGGUUCAGAGUGAAGGAACUGAAGUCAGAUUACAGAGGGAAGUGGGGCUUCCCUGGACAGAGCUGUGUGCUCCUUUUGCUGCCUCAGCCCAACUCUGAAUACCGGCCCCCUCCUGUCUCCCCAAAUGCACCUUGCCAUGCCAGAUGGUUUGGGGACCAAGAUGUCUGGUAAAUCAGGAUCCUAAUGGUGCUGCCCUAUUUAUAUCUGGGUCUGUAUUAAAAGGGAAAAUCCCCUCUGUUGUAUAUUUAAUCUGCUUCCUCCUGAGGGAAGGCUGGGACAUGAUGAGAGAGAUUCUUGCACGAUUCCCCCCCACCCCAGGGCCAUAGGGCAUAAUUGGCAUGUCAAAUCUGAAUAAACCAGUGAACUGUG